AUGGAGGGGUUCAAAGAGGAAGUGGAUACGACGCGGAGGGAGGGGGCAACGACGACGCGGAGGGAGGGGGGCAACGACGACGCGGAGGGAGGGGGCAACGACGACGCGGAGGGAGGGGGCAACGACGACGCGGAGGGAGGGGGCAACGACGACGCGGAGGGAGGGGCCAACGACGGAGACGGUAGCGGCAAGGACGGAGACGGUAGCGGCAAGGACGGAGACGGUAGCGGCAAGGACGGAGACGGUAGCGGCAAGGACGGAGACGGUAGCGGCAAGGACGGAGACGGUAGCGGCAAGGACGGAGACGGUAGCGGCAAGGACGGAGACGGUAGCGGCAAGGACGGAGACGGUAGCGGCAAGGACAAUGGAGCAGGCAACAAGAAGAGAGGUGGUAGCAUCAAGGACAGUGGAGAGAGUAAUGAGGAUACUGAUGGCACAAACAAGGACAGUGGAGAGGUCAAUGAGGACAAGGGUGAGAGCAACAAGGACAUGGGAGGAAGAAACAACGUCAGGAGGGGGAAUGAGGCGAAAAAGGGUCGACCUGGGCGUGCAAACGAUGUCGAAAAGGGUCUAGUACCCUGGAGGAGAAAUGUGGUGGAAUAUUUGGGGAUGAGGAGAUAUGGUCUACAAGGGACAUGA